UUUUUAUGCUAAUUGAAGGGCCAAAUGAGGAAUUCGAAUUGAAUAAAUUAAAAACGCAAAGGGAAUUAUUACUAAAGGCAUAUAACCACACAAUUAAUACACUAAUUUAUUACCGAGAAAAACUUGGAGUGCAUGAAAUUAAUUUAAACGAAACAAAAUGGACUAUAUGGGGAAGUAUUUAUUUUUCUAUGACUGUUUAUACAACAAUUGGUUAUGGAAAUAUUGUUCCAAUAACAACAACUGGACGAAUAUUAACAAUUAUAUAUGCACUUAUUGGGUAUUGUUUUUUAAAUUUUUGA